AUACAGACCUAGAAUUUGCCCCAGGAUUAGUUAAUUAGUUACGAUAAAUUAAUUCCCUAUUAACUCUACUUAGAUUCAAAACAUAGAUGGCUUAAUGUAAUAUAAUAAUAAUAAAAAAUAAAAAUAUCCCUGCAAUUCAUAAGUAUGAAUAUAUUAGCGUUAAGAAGGGCCACAGGAUAAAACAGUAAAGAAAUAUUCAGGUAAUCUGGUAUGCAUCUGCGCCACCUUAUUUCUUCAUAAAUGUGAUAACUAGAAUGAGUGGGCAUUGACUCGUUCUGUACUUUGCAAUUGGAGUUGCUUGACUUUGUUAUUGAAGGAUUAAAUCCAGCCACUCUUAUUCAAAGCAAUGAUGAAAGAAGAAAAGCAAGAGACAGGUCUGCAUUCCAAAGUUCUUAUACCAAAGGCUGAGCCUCUUCCAUUACCAGCCAAGCGGAAGGUUAUGCCAGGCAGACUGGAUAGCAAGAGGAAACCCAAAGCCAAGAAAAAAGGGUCCUCAGCUGACAACACUUCUUUUCUCGGCCAUAUAAUUCAUGGUGUGGUAGAUGGUUCGUUUGAUGCAGGUUACUUGCUCACAGUUAGAGUGGGAGACACAGAUACAGUAUUGCGGGGUCUUGUAUUUGAACCAGGGCUAUGUGUUCCCAUUUCAGAAGUAAAUGACAUUGCACCAAAUGUUAAAUUAACACAGAGAGAGAAAAAUGUUCCCUUUUCUGAAGCACUGCAUGCUACAAAUGCUAUGACUCAUGGGCAGCAUGGUCACAAUACCAUGUUGCCUGCUCCAGUUUCAAAUGCUGUAGCAUCAUCAUAUUUUGCUACACUAGAGAAGAUUGGGUCUGAGAGAAUAAAUAUGGAGUGCUGUCAGCAACUUGCAACCCCUUCCCAAUCUACAUCUAUUUCAGAGGAUAUUUCAAGGUUGCCAUCUUCAGUGACAGUUCCAAAUCUUCCAGUGGUGUCAUCUCUCUCUGUUAAGAAUCAGAUAGAACCUCCUGCAAAUGUAGGCUCUGAUCAAACUUAUGCGCUAGCCAUUCAGAUGAAUGCAGGACCAUCAACGACUACCUUUAUAUCCAAGGCUGAUUCAAGGUUAUCAUCUGCUGCGGCAUCAGUGUAUGGAGCAUUUAAAUCUGUUAAGCUACAAGGUCAAAUGGAAUUUCCAGCAAUGAUUGGUGCUGCCAAAACAAACAUUGUGCCUCAGCCAGGUGCCAUACCAUCCAAAUUUACCACAUGUUCCCAGCUUUUACCAGUGUCAAUCCCUAUUCCAGAUGCUGUAGCAACCUCAUCAGUCCCUGUGCAAACCGAGACAAAACUUUCUGCAACAACUAAAUCUGGGCAAACAGAUAUGCUUACUUCUCCAGAUACAACUUCAUCAAAAUCCACGUCCAUUUCUGAGGCUGGUACGGGAUUUACAUCUUCAAUGUGUAAAUUGGAUGCUUCUGCUGCGUCAUCCAUACAUGCACAGAAUCAGUUGGGAUAUACUGUGUGUUUUGGUUCUUGCCAAACGGAUAUGGCAAACACUCAGCCAGAUCCGGUCCCCCUAAAAUGCACUUCCAUGGGUAUAGCAAUACCAUCUUUGAUUUCUGAGGCUGAUACAGGAUUUACAUCGUUUGCUGCAUCAUCUAUAUGUGCACAGAAUCAGAUGGGACAUUCUGUGUGUUUUGGUUCUUGCCAAACUGAUACGACAAACCCUCAGUCAGAUCCAGUUUCUCUGAAACCUCACUGCGCUUCCAUGGGUGUAUCAAUACCAUCUUUGAUGUCUGGUGCAUAUGCUACACAAACUGCGUCUAACUGGGCUGAAAAGAUGGAACCUCCUAAAGUGACCGGUUCCAGCCAAACAGAUGUAAUGGUCCCUCAGGGAAAUGCAAUUCCAUUGACGCCGUUAUUCGUUUCCCAGGCAUUUUCAUGUAUACCAUCUACACUGCUUACACUAGACAAUCUAUCUGAAUCAUCUGACAAUGCCCUUAAUCAGGUGGCAGCUCCAAUGAUGAGUAGUGGCCAAUCUGAUGUAGCAUUUUCUCAGCAUAAUGCGAUUCCAUCCAAAUUUAUAUCUGUUUCUCAGGAUAUGCCAGUGCCACCAAUUCCAAUGUUUGUUCAAUAUACUCAAGCAACUUCUGUUUUACAAGAUAAGAUGGAAUCUGCUGUGUUAAUUGCAUCCGGCCAAACAGGUAAAGUGUUUUCCCAGUCAGAUGUAAUCCUGCCUAAACAUAUCUCUGUUCCAAAGGAUUCUUCCUAUAGCGAGAAAGUUGGACAGAAAUUUAUAUCUGUUUCUCAGGAUAUGCCAGUGCCACCAAUUCCAAUGUUUGUUCAAUAUACUCAAGCAACUUCUGUUUUACAAGAUAAGAUGGAAUCUGCUUUGUUAAUUGCAUCCGGCCAAACAGGUAAAGUGUUUUCCCAGUCAGAUGUAAUCCUGCCUAAACAUAUCUCUGUUCCAAAGGAUUCUUCCUAUAGCGAGAAAGUUGGUCAUUCCGAUCUGUCCGAGCAGGUCUGCGAUUCAAUUAAGGUCACUGGAACACAGAUGGAUGUGGACAAAGGUAAAGUGUUUUCCCAGUCAGAUGUAAUCCUGCCUAAACAUAUCUCUGUUCCAAAGGAUUCUUCCUAUAGCGAGAAAGUUGGACAGAAAUUUAUAUCUGUUUCUCAGGAUAUGCCAGUGCCACCAAUUCCAAUGUUUGUUCAAUAUACUCAAGCAACUUCUGUUUUACAAGAUAAGAUGGAAUCUGCUGUGUUAAUUGCAUCCGGCCAAACAGGUAAAGUGUUUUCCCAGUCAGAUGUAAUCCUGCCUAAACAUAUCUCUGUUCCAAAGGAUUCUUCCUAUAGUGAGAAAGUUGGUCAUUCCGAUCUGUCCGAGCAGGUCUGCGAUUCAAUUAAGGGCACUGGAACACAGAUGGAUGUGGACAAAGGUGCAUAGAUGACUAAUUAGUUUUUGGGUUGAAAUUCAUAUAGAAUGUUCUAAGUAGGUUUUUUUUGAAUAUGUAAUAGUUUAAACUUGGGAAGACUAGGUCGAAAAACUUCAAUGUACAUAAUAAAUUAUCAUUUGCAUGUUUGUACAUCUGCACUUCUUCAUUUUCUA